AUGGAACACGUCCCUACUGUCUUCUUCUUGCUCUCCACACUCCUCAUCGCCGUCUCCGUCGAGUCUCUUCCGCCACCGCUGUUUCCCGAUGAAGCUCUCCCCACCAAAUCCGGCUACCUUCCUCUCAAACCCGCCCCUGGCUCCUCCAUGUUCUAUGCCUUCUACGAAGCCCAAAAGCCAACCUCUCCUCUCCCCGACACUCCCCUCGUCGUCUGGCUCCAAGGUGGGCCAGGCUGCUCUUCCAUGAUUGGCAACUUCUACGAACUCGGCCCUUGGCGCGUGAUGUCACGCGCAACCGAGCUUGAGCGCAACCCCGGCGCUUGGAACCGCCUCUUCGGGUUACUCUUCUUGGACAACCCCAUCGGAGUCGGAUUCAGCAUCGCCGCCUCAGAAGAACACAUACCAACAAACCAGAGACAAGUCGCGGAACACCUCUAUCUUGCGCUCGUCGAGUUCCUCGACCAGAACCCAGGUUUCGAAAACCGGCCUGUCUACUUCACCGGCGAGAGCUACGCCGGAAAGUACGUCCCGGCCAUCGGAUACUACAUCCUCAAAGAGAAACCUAACGGGAAGGUGAAACUAAAAGGCCUAGCCAUUGGAAACGGGCUGACCGAUCCGGUGGCACAGAUCAAGACCUAUGCGGUCAACCUCUAUUACUCGGGUCUGGUCAACGCAAAACAGAAAAACCAACUGGAGAAAGCGCAGGAGAUCUCCGUAGCUCUAGCUAAGUCCCGGAAAUGGCGCGAAGCAGCAGACGCGAGAUACGAGCUGUUGGCUCUUAUAGGCAACAUGACGGGACUCGCGACGCUCUUCAACACGGCCCGGUCGGAACCAUACAGGACGGAUCUCGUGGUGGAUCUUAUGAACAAGAGAGAGGCGAAACGUGUUUUGGGAGUGAGCGAAACGGCGCGUUUUGAGGAAUGCAGCGAUGACGUGGAUGACUUGUUCCGCGAAGACGUUAUGAAGAGCGCCAAGUUCAUGGUGGAGUAUGCGGUGGAGAGGACUAACGUGUUGCUGUACCAAGGUAUGUUGGAUCUCCAGGACGGCGUCGUUUCGACGGAGGAGUGGAUGAGGACUAUGAAGUGGUCGGGGCUGGAGAUGUUUUUGUCGGCGGAGAGGCGGGUGUGGAAGGACAGCGAAGGCGUGGUCGCUGGGUAUGUUCAGAGAUCGGGGAAGUUGUCACACGUGGCGGUUUCAGGAGCUGGGCAUUUUGUUCCGUCUGAUAAAGCUGUGAAUUCGAGGGAUAUGAUUGAAGAUUGGGUUUUGGGAAGAGGUUUGUUCGGUGGUGAAGUUGUUAAGCAGACAAUUUCUUCAGGCUUUACCGAAUCUUCGUGA